AUGUUGCCGGAAUUGAACAACGUGUCUGCAGAACCCCUCGGAGAAGGAGAAAUGACAAAUAUCAUACAACCGCAGGAAUCAAUAAAGUCCAAUAACUCCACAAAGACAAAACCUGAAUAUGACUCUAAUUCUCACAAUGAAGUUCAAAGUCAAGGUCAAGGUAGUUCUGCAUCGGGUUCAGCGUCAACGGAAACCCCAGCACAAUUCUCUACCAAUCCACGAGGCAAUUUGCACCCUACUGUCUCUGCUGGCUCUAAUGCUUCAAGAGAUUCUAAAAUACAAGAAACUCAUACAAACGACUCAGAUACUCCACCAAUGCCUCCAAGACCUUCCACCUUAUCCCCUCGUUCUGCUACCAUUUCUCAUUUAAAGGACAUUUUCCCAAAUAUUGACUUGAAAUACAUUAAAAUGGCCUUGAUUGCCUCCGAGGGACGUUUGGAAUCAGCUUCAAAUGCUUUGUUGUUUUUAUCGGACCCUCAAUCAGGUAUUGAAGUCCCAAUUACUUUGAAUAGUUCCCCUCAACAGCCUCCUUCUCUUCAAUCUGAUGAAAAAUUGGCUAGAAGAUUGGCCAGAUCAUAUCAAUUUCAUAAACCACAAACUCAUUCAAAUAAAAAGCUUCCACCAAUUCCUCCAGCAAAACCAAAAUCAAUGAGGGAAGGUGAUCGAAAGUUUUUGGAUUUGGGUGAUUAUUCUCAAGACGAUGUUCUUGAUACUUUGGAAAGAAAUAUCAAUGAUGCCAAACAAACUAUAGGAUCUUGGUUCAGUAGUGUGGCAAAGAAGUUACAAAAUAACGAUGAUGAUAUUGAUGUUGGUGGUGGUAGUGGUAAUUAUGGAAAUGACGGCCUCUAUAGUAACAAUCAUAAUCCAAAUUUAAGAAGACAGUCUUCUCAAAGUCCAUAUCAACAACAUAAUCCUCAGCAGAGAUCAUCUACUGAAACAUAUCCUUUGAGAAACAAAAUCAAACUUAACUCGGCUAUUGAAAGUGCAGAUGAUAAUGACGAUGCUACUGCUGCUGCUGCUUCUGCUGUCGUCGACAACGAUGAUGAUGCCCCAAGACUACCACCUCGUUUGAAAAAGAAUUUAUACUCAGCAGUCAGAAUCACAGAUUCCUCUCUCGAACCACCUGAUGUAAAGGCAGGUGCCUCUGUUCCGUCCUCUACACAAUCAUCUAAACCAUUAGCGGCACAAUCGUCUAAUAACAAUAAGAAAUGGAAUCCCGCCAAGGAGACUGUUACCGAACCUGCCAAUGAUGCAUUCUUAGUAGAAGACAGUGAAGAUGAUGAAGAUGAUAAUAUCAAUAGUGGUAGCACAAGGAAAGAAUAA